UGUGUGAAAGACAGUAGUGAUGGGCAGAACGGUUCUUUUGACCGAACCGGUACUUUCGGAUCAGUUCCGUGAAAGAUUCGUUCAGAACGAUUCGUUCAUCUCGGUCAUUUCGUUCUUUUCUGUGAAUAGGAUCUGGCUCUUUUAUCAGGUGUCGUAACUCGUUCAUCCUUUAGAGUAUUGGCUACGUGUUUGCUUCCAGCCUCCCCUCGUUAUCGCGUGACCCGAUAACGAGAGGAGGCUGGAUCGCGUGGGUGGUUAUCUUUAUCUACUCUGCAUGGGUAAAUGAAAUUUCAAACGUCUAGUUGUAUACUGACUGUUAUAAAAUUAUUGACUGUUGAUCGCUGCAAAUGCUUCAUGCAGUGAUUCUAUAUAAUACGGGAGCAUUAAAUCUAAGAAUGUUAGGUACGAAAGUGAUCUUUCUUAACUUUAAUUUGUAAUCGCACUAUUAUAGCUAGUACUUGAACAUUGCUUUUCGUAGCCAGUGAAUCACAGUUGCGUAUAUGAAACAAGAUUAUUUAUAUUGUAUUACUUUUUAAGUUACAAAUAUUAAUAUACAGGCUAUUUACACUCUAGAGAGAGUAAAGUGUUUACAUGUAGACCAACACAUUUAGAAAAAAAAAGACAAAAAUUGAAUACUACUACUGCGAUUCAGUAUGAAGAGAGAAAAAUGAAGUAGGUACAUUAAUUAACACCUAAAUGGUAAGUGUGAACAUUUGUAGUUACUUUCCCUGUUAUUUUUAAUUCAUGUUUUUUUUCCCCCCCAAAUUUGUGUAUGUGAAUGUGAAAACGCAAUUUUAAACCACUACUUAACAGUUGACAUUUUCAGGUAUAGAUACUUUUCAUGUUACCCUAUUUUAUUUGAUCAGUUAUCGUUUGCUCUUAUGAACAUGCUCACGCUGUGAUUACUAAUUCUUCAGACUCCUGACGUCAUGAAUCAUUUCACGAACGAAUCAGACCGGGCGCGUGGCCGGUUCUCUCAUCUCGUUCUCUCGUUCUCUCCGCGUUUUCGUUCUUCCGAAUCUUUCAAGGUACCGGCUCUCAAAGAGCCGGUUGGUUCUCUCGUUCUCUCCGCAUUUUCGUUCUACCGAAUCUUUCAAGGUACCGGCUCUCAAAGAGCCGGUUCUUUACAUCGCGAACGAAUCGCAAGAUUUCGUUCUCUCAAAGAUUCGUUCUUUUUGAACGAAUCGUUAACGAACGACCCAUCACUAAAAGACAGUUGAGCAAUGGCGCAUGAUGGCGUUCGUUAUGUAUCGUGUUGUGUUGUAAACUGGCAAAUAAAUACCUACAAUAAGGAAUAAAAUGUGUAACAGUAAACCCAACAAGAUUAAAACAACCCAAAAUUGAUUAAAUUCAUUUCACUACUUUCCCAAGGGAAAAAAAACUUAUGGGAGUGCAGAGAUAAUUUUUUUUACUUAGGAAGAAAAAAAAAUCACCCAGUUGAACUAACUGUUAGCAAUCAAUUAAAAAUCAUUUUGUUUUAGGUGGAACUUCAUGUCCACUUAGAUGGUUCGCUGAGGCAUGAAACUAUUUGGGAGCUUGCAAAUGUGGACUGCUUCCAGGAAGAAGGGACUGUCACUGGCCGGCUGCGAGACCCUGCAAGACCUGCGGGACAUAGGCGACCUGCAGGCGAUUGAGCGCAUUGCGUACGAGUUCUGCGAGGAUGAAGCCAGGAACGGAGUCACUUACGUUGAGGCUCGCUACAGCCCUCACUUCCUGCUGCCACUGGACGUCCCGCCAACCUUCGAAGCCCUGUGCGAGGUGGUGCGUGCUGUCGACCGGGGGUUCGCCCGAGGGGAGAACGAUCACAGAGUGAAGGCACGGCACGUACUGUGCACCCUCGUCGGUGCCGACAUGGCGAGAGAUGUGCUGAAGCUGUGCGAGCAUUUCCGCGGCGAAGGCGUAGUCGGGAUCGACAUGGCCGCCUUGGCUAAGGAGGACUUCAGCACGUAUGAGGAGGUGAAGGAGGAGUGCGACGAGGUCCAGAUCUUCCAGGAGGCCCGCCGGCUCGGGAUACACCGGACAGUGCAUGCCGGGGAGUCUGGCCCUGCAGAGAUGGUCCGGAGGGCGCUGGAAAUAUACGGCGCAGAGAGGAUCGGACAUGGCUACCACGUCUUGGACGACCUGCAACUGUACAGCAAGUGUCUGAAAGAGAAGACGCACUUGGAGACAUGUCCAAUAUCCAGUUUCUUGACGGGCUCUGUACCACUUAGCGUGGAAAAACACCCAGUCGUCAGGUUUGCAGAGGACGAUGCCAACUACUCCAUCAGCACGGACGACCCAACUAUCACCGGCGCAUACCUCCAGGAGAACUAUGACUUGCUGUGGCGGUGGGGGAUGUCUGAGGCACACUUCACUCGAGCCAACUUGAAUGCAGCGGAGUCCUGCUUCUUGCCAGAGCAUGAGAAGAGGCAGCUGGUGAAGCAGCUAAAAAACAUAUUCGUGGACGGCAACUCAAAGGAAGAAGCAACACAGGACUUGCCAUUCAAGGCGACGGCUCACACAAGACUUGAUCUUACUUAUGCACUGAACUAAAAAUUAAAUUAAAUUUUUUUAUCAGCAUUGAAAUCUAUUCCACAAAGUUUUUUGAACCAUGAUUACAAUGCUGAAAGAUU